AGACAAGGGUAAUAUUGGUGCACAUGACUGAUGUACUUGGGCCUCAACUUUUUCUUGCUGCAAAUCAGACAGGAAUGAUGGGUAAAGGCUAUGUUUGGAUGAUCACAGAUGGGUUAUCGACAUUGUUGCAUUCGCUUAAGAAACAAGUAACCGAAUCGAUGCAAGGUGUGUUGGGUAUAAGGCCCUAUGUGCCAAACACCAAGCGUCUUCAAGAAUUCAAAACCAGAUGGAAAAUUUCAGAGAUAAACCUUUUUGGUUUAUGGGCAUAUUAUGCCAUUUGGGCAUUGGCCAGGGCUGUUGAAUCGGUUUCAGAAUCACACUCAAAUGCCUCAACUCAAAGCAUCAAUAAUGGAAGGAAAACAGGUGAAGCGUUUUUAGGCCUAAGAGAAUCGGAGUCAGGUCCACUGCUUCUAGAAAAGUUAAAAUUUACUAGAUUUGAAGGCCUAAGUGGGAAAUUCCGUUUGAUUAGAGGACAGUCCAAAGUGUCAGAGUUUGAAAUAGUGAAUGUGAGAAGGAAAAUGGUUGAAAGAGUUAUUGGUUAUUGGACCCAAAAGAAAGGAAUAUCAGGUGAUUCAGGGGAAAAUGCUAAAGUGGGAUACUUGUCUUCCAUGGAUGAACUAACAAAAGGAAUCAUUUGGCCUGGAAAUUAUUAUGCCAAAGCCCCACCAAAGGGUUGGAAUAUACCAGUGACUGGUAAGAAGUUGAGGAUUGGGGUCCCUUUUUCAUCUGGUUUUAAUGAGUUUUUGCACUUUAAAUGGGAUCCUAGAACUCUUGAGCCCACAAACUUUUCAGGAUUCACCUAUGAUGUUUUCAUUGCUGCUUUAGAAAAAUUGCCAUUUCAAAUUCCCCAUAUGUUUGUUCCAUUCGUGAAUAGUUCUAGACAAAGUAAUGGAACUUACGAUGACUUUCUUUACCAGAUUAAGCUUAAGAAGGUCGAUGCUGUAGUAGCAGAUGCAACAAUAACUGCAAAUAGGAGUACAUUUGUUGAUUUUACACUGCCAUAUUCUGAAUCAGGGGUAUCGAUGGUUGUGAAAGUUAAAGAUAACAAAAAUAAUAAUAUCUGGAUUUUCCUAAAACCACUGAAAUGGGAUCUUUGGCUAUCCUCCGGAUUAGCACUCUUCUUCACAGGCUUUGUAGUAUGGCUUCUUGAACAUCGUACGAACAGAGAGUUCAGAGGUCGGCCAGACCAACAGCUUAGCACGAUUCUGUGGUUCUCCCUUUCGACUCUGGUGUUUGCUCAUAGAGAGAGAGUGGAGAACAACUGGUCAAGAUUUGUGUUGAUUAUAUGGGUUUUUGUGGUACUCGUCCUGACACAGAGUUACACUGCUAGCUUAGCCACAAUGUUGACAGUGCAAAGGUUGCAGCCAUCGGUUGUGGAUGAUAACGAGCUGAGGAUGAAUGAUUAUUUUGUUGGAUACCAAACGAACUCUUAUGUGAGAGAGCUCUUAUCAGGACAAUUGAACUUCAACGAAUCCAGGCUAAGGCAGUAUAGUACACCAGAGGAGUAUCAUGAUGCACUGUCUAAAGGGAGUAAAAAUGGUGGAGUUGAAGCUAUCUUUGAUGAAAUCCCCUAUAUUAAGCUCUUCCUCGCCAAGUACUGCUCAGGAUACACAAUGGUUGGACCCACGUUCAAGUCCGACGGGUUUGGCUUUGCCUUCCCAACUGGAUCCCCACUAGUCUAUUACUUUUCAAGGGCAAUCCUGAAUGUCAUGGAAGAUCAUAAUAAAAUGCAAGAAAUGGAAGGAAAGUAUUUUGCAAAUCAGACCAAAUGCCAUAAUUCUACAGCUUCAUCCACUUCAUCAUCUGGAAAUAGUCCUAGUCUCAGUGUGCGUAAUUUUGGUGGCCUCUUCAUCAUCACAGGACCUGCUUCAAUUUUUUCGUGCGUGAUAUAUUUCGUUAGAUUCCAACGCAGCAACAACAUUCGUUCUUCUACGAAUGCCAUUCAUUCAUAAAGCUCUUUAUGGUCCAGAACUACUCAAAUGCUAAAGAAUUUUGCCUGCAAGGAUCUCCCUUUGAGAGCUGAAUCAAACAUGCAGAGUUGAAGUUUUCAGUGCUUAAUUUUGAUAACAAUAAUAAUAUUGGGGAAAGGGAAUCUAUAUUGUAUAUGUGAAAGUGAUAUGUGAAAGUGAAACAGAGCAGUAAUUAACAAUCUCUAUGAAGUAUCUUUUCUGCCAAAACUAAGAAGGAUAAUAUAGCUGUAGUCAUAAAUAACAAUAAGCCUGUAUUAUGUCCCUUGCAUUUAACAGUUAAUACCCAAAUCUAGAUGUAGAUUUGGCCGCAGGAAUACUGAAGCACUCACUGAUUUAGAAGUUUAACACAGAACUGUUUUAAA